ACAAAAUAAUUUUCCCGUCUCUGUGCUAUAGUAUAUUAUAACGCCGGCCCGUGCUUCCAGUAGAUGCCCGCAGCAAGCUAGCUAGCAUAUGUACUUCCAUGUCCAUGGUGCAUCGACAGCUAACAAGUGGUAGAUUUCAUCGACCAAGUACAUAGCUGCACCUGCACGAAGGCCAAUUGAUUGACUGGCUGCCAUCUUGGAAAACAUCUGCCCGCAAAGUGUAUAUAUAAGAAUCAAUGGAGUGGAGCCAAGGAUCUCAGCAGCGAAAAAUAUUGUCAGACGCUCAGACACCUCCAGUUCCUUCAGGAUUGCCAUUGUUUGGCAAGGUUGAGAAAUCGGAUGUAACAUGGUCAUGCAUAAUAGUAUUCAGGUUCACACUGUUGAGCAGUGUUGGCAAUUUGCUAGUGGUAUUUCAUUAUGAUGGUACCAGCAAAGACACAAGUGAGCUGCUAACUGGCACAAUGGAGGCUGUUAUUUGCUUCUAUUAUUUGAGCGCAUUAGCGCCUUCGAACGUGCGCCCCAACGAACGGAAUUUCGUAGACACAGGCGCUCUUGUUAUUAUGUCUUAUCUAUUAUUACUGGACAUCAACCUGAGCUUUCUCUGGCUGGCCCUCUUGCCCACCAUGGCCAUUGUUUUCAUUGGAGCGCUUUACAUCAAGCUCAAUCAUCAUACUAGCGAUAGCUAUGGAAAAGUUACUCCAGAAUCUUCUAACAUCGACGAGAAGACCAUCAAGACACCGAUGGAGCUUCGGAUCAUCGACGAGAAGACCAUCAAGACACCGAUGGAGCUUCGGAUCAUAGUGGUGGUGACUUUUGGGGCUCUCCUAGUCAUGGAUCAGCUCGACGACGAUACAGCUGGUGGGUUCACCAUCUCCCAGUUCCUCCUAUUCCUGAGCUCCACGGUGGCGGCACUGACGUGCAUGGUGAUGAAGCUGCCUGCCGACCGUUUUUUGGGCAGUGCUCCGGCGUCAGAGUUGCUCCAAAAGACCUUGCUUCUACUCCUACUGGUGACGGUGCACACAUUGGCCGCGGAGUUGUUAGGCGAGGACGUGGUUCUGUUCUGCAUGCCAGAGGUCAUCCCGGUGCUCCUCUGGCUCAGCCUUAACCUCGACCGCCCGCACCACAGCCCGCUCACCAACAUCUACAAAAUGAAGCGACACAUGAAGGGACUCACUAUUGCCCUAGGUGUAGUGGUGGUAGUUCCUCUUUUUGCGUACUUAGUGAGCUCCAUGGAUGUAUCUGGGCUCUCGUACUGCACGACGAUCAUGGUGGCAUGUGGCAUCUCAGGGGUUCUGACCUACUACAUUGUAUUCAUGCUAAACUACUGGCAUUGGCCGUGGCAGAAGCAACAAGCAACAGCUGACAGCAGCAGCAAGGACGAUGUGCAUUCCUCAGGUAUGCUCAAGUUCUGGGCAGAUGUUUUACUGAUAGCGGCGGCAGUGCUGCUCCUCCUAAGGUAUAUGGUUGAUGUCCGGCUUGAUCUCCAACAACCACUAUAGUUGGUAGACUAUGUCGAAAUUUGCGAUGACUAUGCUAGUAUAGUCCUAGUACUCCCUACUUGUGUAUGUAUGUUGUUAUUUUUUCACCAUAUAUACAUCCCAAUUAUGAGCA